AUGCCACUCGAAUAUAUUUACGUGGCUCGCCAUGGUUUUCGCUCAAACUGGGUGGUCAACCCCAAGACGGGUGAUUACACAGCGUUUGUACCCUCUCCGACGGGCAUCCCGGCCGAUCCGGCCUUGACAUCGCAUGGCGUUGACCAGUCUCGCGAGCUGGGCGCCCAUCUGGCCAGCGGUGCCAUGCCCGUGCCCGUCGAGCGCAUUUACAGCAGUCCGUACUACCGCUGUCUGCAGACGAUCCAGCCGUUUGUCGAGAUUGUGGCGGGGAAGCCUACACCCACCUACGAUGGACACGGCCUCGUCGACUGGUUUGGCCCGGCGCCCUUUGACCAGCCGCAGCCCGCACCGCUCAAGGAGCUGCACGACGACUUCUUUCCCUGGAUCGAUCUGGGCUACGAGUCGCUCGGGCAGGGUUCGGGCGUGGUCCCGCUCCGGAACGGCGAGUCCAUGGCACAGCUGCACGCGCGCGUAGCGGCGACCCUGGACCACAUUGUGCGGCAGUGCGACGCCGAGGGCGUGCGCGCGAUUGUAGUGUGCUCGCACGCGGCGACGAUUAUUGCAAUGGGCCGUGUGCUGACGGGACAGGUGCCAGACGACGUCGAGACGGAAGACUUUGGCGCAUUUACGUGCGGGCUGAGUGUGUUUCGGCGGAGGACAUUGCAGUCGCCGUCUGAGCAACAGCAACAGCAACAAAAACAGCAACGGCAACAGCUGCCAGGACAACAGCAUCACCAAUACCCACAUCCUCAGCACAGGAAUGUAUCGUCGCUGCAAUCUCUACAGUCACUACAGCCGCUACCACCGCCAUCACCAUCGACACUGCGCGGCCACGUGCCACCAUGGGACGAUCAGUUUCAUACGCUGGCAGGCGAGGCAUGGAUAGGCGGCCAGGGCGUUGGCGGCGGCUGGGACUGCGUUGUGAACUGCGACUGUAGCUUCCUCAGCGAGGGCGAGGAACGCGGAUGGUCGGCUUGA